AUGCCCCAUUACCGCUCCGACUCGGAGUCAUCAGACUCCUCCCCGCCACGCCGCCAGCACUCCCCUCCCCGCCGGCGCUCGCCCACCCCGGGCCCGCGCCGCGCGCGCGACCCUUCCGCAGACAGCCUUCCCCGAUUGCACUACGAGCCCUACACCCCGUUCUACCCCCCGCCGCCGCCGCCACUCGCCUCGGGCGCCGCCGGCCCGGGCCCGGUUCCGGUCCCGGACCCUACCCGCCGUCCGCGCUCUACUGAUCCUUACCCCACAGCAACCCGGCCAACGCUUGACCCCACCGCGAUGGCGCGCCCCGGAAGCCGCGGCCGAGACCGCCUCAGCGACGCCUACAGCUCCGACUAUGCCUCCUUUGACGACGACGGGCGAGACGCGCGGCACCUCCGCCCUGACCCUCGCCACCACCCCCACCCCCACCCCUACCCGUCCUCUCGAUCUCGCUCCCGUUCCCGUUCCCACUCCCGUUCCCACUCCCGCUCCCCCUCCCCUUUGCACAAAGCACGCACCCUCCUCGCAACCGCCUUCACCCCCUCCGCGCCGGGCCUCGGCGCCGGCGUGCUCGGCGCCAUCGUGGGCGGGCUCGCCGCGCGCGAGGCCAGCGAGGCGGUUGUCCGCCGUCGGUACCAGCACCAUCAUCGGCGCAAUCAUCAACAUCAACACCGCCGCCACCAGCAGCACCGCCAGCAGCAGCAUGGGCAGCACGGACAUGGCGGGUAUGGGCAUGGCGGGUAUGGCGGGAGGAGAGGGAGAGAUAGGUCCAUGUCCAGGUCCAGGUCUAGGUACAGGUCCAUGUCCAAGUCCAGGUCCUGGAACAAGGACAAGGACAGGGACAGGGACAGGUCCAAGGAGCGGCGGCAGCUGCUCCUGUCGACGGUGGUUGGGGCAGCGGUGGGCGGGUUGGGGGCGAACGCGAUUGAGCGGCGGAUUGAGGAGAGGGGGAGGAGGAGGGGGGAGGGGGAAGGAGAGGGGGAGGAAAGGAGGGAGGAGAGCAGCGGUGGUGGUGCUGGUGGGAGGGCGGUCGGUGGCAGGGGGUAUUAUUAA